AUGGAAAUCACAAGCUUUGUGGUUCAAGGCCGUGACCAGGCCUUGCUCUACGGCGACUACUCCACCUACCACAGCCAGCUGGCCAAGCGCCUCCUCAACUCGCGCAAGAAGCUGGGCGUUGCUACCAAGAACCGCGGGAAAUUUCAAAAAAGGGACAACAUCACGGCCCUCCAAGUCGGCGGCAAUCAUGAAUACGUCCAUCUCCUCCUCCUAACCAGCGAACGAGCCUGGGCACAGGCAAUGAGCGCAAAGUCGGCUCAUUCUUCCGGCCAGAAUGACAUGACCCGUCGAACUCGAUCCCACAUUGUCUCCCGGCUCGACAAAGCCGCCCGUACCGCCCAGGAUCUUGUUCAACUUCUCUCCCAGAAGGAUGCCUCGGCGUCCACGGCCGACCUUCUCGAAGCCAAAGCCUACACUGCCUUUCUUCGUGGCGCAAUGCAGUUCGAGAGACGUAGCUGGGAGCCAUGCCUGCAGAGCUAUGCCAUUGCCCGCAUUGUGUACAGUGCCCUGGCCACCUCGGGCAAAGGCGACCAUUUCAAGGACCUGCUCUCCGAAACCAUUGACCCUUCCAUCCGCUACGCUGCUUACCAAUUGAAAACACCCCGAACAGUUCCGAUCCCCACGAUUGCGAAAAGGGCCUUUCCUCGAUCAGACGACGCCUUGACCCAGCAAGUCAAUCAAAUUGACCCGACUCUUCUUGCCGACGCUGACGCAACGUCUAAAUCCGACGGCUCCGCCGCUCAAGGUGUCCCAGGGACCUUGACGUGGCGGUCUCGGGAGGUUCAAAUCGAGGACGCCCAGAUUUCUCUGGCUUGGGCCUCCGUAGACGGUGCAAAAUCGUCCCUGGCAAAGACUCUGGCCGGAGCCAAGAAUCGAGAACCCUACGAAGUGGCCGCUGCUUACGACGAGCUCCUGACCGCCACCCAAGAUGCCGUCGACGCUACCAAGCAGGCCAUCGACGAGCUGAAGAACGAGGGUGUUUCUCAGAGUGAUGCCCGUAUGCAACGAUUGCAAAUCACACGAACUGCCGUCAACUAUGAAAUGAUUAGCUGGAGAAUCGGCCGCAACCGCGUCUUGACCGGUCGGCAAGACGGUGCACCGGAGGAGUAUGGCUCCUUGAGAAGAAAAAAGGCAAAGGCGGCACCGUCGGCCACCAAAAAGGAGCGUGAGCUGCCCACAAGCAGGAAGCUGGCCAGGCUGAAGGAGAAGGUAGCACUGUACGACGGAAUUCUUCGAAGCCUAGAGUCCAUCAAGGAGUUACCAGGUAUCGCUGCGGAUGAGCCUCUUGCGACCAAAGUCGAUGCGUUUGGCAAAUAUUUUGAGUCACUCAAAUGUCUCACGAUUGCCCGAUCCCAUGCUGUCGUUGGCAACGUCGCCAACGCGCUAGCUCUGAUCAACCACGCUGCCAAGCUUUGUGGGGACUCGGCGUCGAAACUGCCAAAGUCGGCGCCCGCCGCCAACGCAUUGCCCCUGGGCAUCGAAGUCUCUUCCGAGGCGCUCGACUCUCUGACACAGCUGCUCAACGGCGAGCUGCAGCGCCACCGAGCCAUCGUCCACAUCGACAACCUUCGCAAGGCCGACGGCGACGGCGCGGCAGCCGGCCAGAGGGUCCCGUUGAUUGAGCGGCUGCACGAGUAUCCCACUCAUGGGGUGGAUUUGGAAAACCUGGUCGAAUUUCCCCCCAAGAUGGAACUCAUCCCCAUGAAACCAAUCUUCCUCGAUGUUGCCUGGAACUACAUCGACUACCCCGGUAAGCUGUCCGGCACCGACGCCCCGGCGGUUGCCGUCGAGGCCGCGCCAGAGGGCGCCCCGCAGCAAAAGAGAGGCUGGUUCAGCUUUGGACGUUGA